AAACUUGGUAAUACAAUCGGUAAAGGCCAGUUCGGCACGGUCCAUCGUGCACUUAAUUUGAAUACUGGGCAAAUGGUGGCCAUCAAACGAAUCAAGCUGGAUCCAAGCAAAAUUGAUGACAUGGAUGAAGUGAUGCAAGAAGCACAAAUUCUACGCACUCUGUCGCACGCCAACAUUGUGAAAUACGAAGGUUUUAUACAAACCUCGGAAUGUAUGAAUAUCGUCUUAGAAUUUGUCGAGAAUGGAUCGUUGGCGAGCACCCUGAAAGCAUUUGGCAGUUUCCCCGAGAAUUUAGUGGCAAGCUACUGUUUACGCAUACUGAAAGGAUUGGCUUAUCUGCAUCAAGAACGUGUCGUCCAUUGUGAUCUCAAGGCUGCAAAUAUCUUAACUACCAAAAACGGAGAUGUCAAAUUAUCUGAUUUUGGCGUCUCGGUGAACCUAAAGUUAAAGGAGUCAUUAACUGGAUCUGUUGCUGGCACACCUAAUUGGAUGGCUCCGGAAGUGAUAGAGUUGCAAGGCGCCUCAACCAAAUCCGAUAUAUGGUCACUCGGAUGCACUGUGAUUGAACUCUAUACCGGAAAGCCGCCAUACGCGGAUUUGAUCCCAAUGACAACGCUGUUUAGAAUUGUCGAGGACGACUGUCCACCACUACCUGAAAAUGGUCCUGAUGAUUUGAAGGAUUUCCUACGACUAUGCUUCCGCAAAGUGCCAAAGGAAAGACCCACAGCUGUCGAGUUGCUCGACCAUCCAUGGAUUCUGCGCCACAAUCACGAUCAUCAACCUUCCAACAACGAAGAGAGCAACUGUAAUAAUCUUACUGUUACUGAGGGGCCAGGACCUCAUCGUCGACAGGCUGAACAGCAAGAAGCUGUUGAGAGUAGACCGCUAUCUUCCUUGUAUCCUCGGGACUUCCAAUACAGCGCAGAAAAUGUAGAGCAUAGACGGACAGCAAGUGGUCACCAAUUGUCACAACAUCCACCGAGUAUAUUGGUGAAUAAGCUGCAGGAGCGUCAAGAAAAAGGGCGGAAAAGUCCACCCAUUGUCCGGGAGCAUUGCUUCAUAAAAGGAUCUUUUCCAAAAGGUAUAUAA